AUUUUGUUGGGAAGUUCAAUUGUUUUGACAAUUUGAAGUGAAUUUUUUUGGCAUUUUUUCACGGAGUUUUUCACACGCAAAAAUAGAAGCAAUACACCAUUUUGCGUCUCAAGCGCAUAUCUAAGGACAGUUGGUGAGAAAUGAGUUCAGAAGAUGCCACAGACGCUCCAGUUGAGCACCAGCCAAAUCCAAGGGAAUUGGAGAAGCUGGAGGAGGAAAAGCUGAAGGCAAAGUAUCCAGCAACGGCAGCAGUUCGUGGUCCAGGUGGACAUUCGGCAUUUCUGCAGAAGAGACUCCAGAAAGGGCAGAAGUACUUUGAUUCCGGAGACUAUCAGAUGGCAAAGCAAAAGGGUGGCGGGAUAAAGCAGGUGUUUGCCAACAAAGUACCCACAGGUGAAGCCAUUCCAACGCCAGAAACGGUGCCCGCCCGGAAGACUUCCAUCAUCCAGCAAUGCAACAAAUUCCAAACCAGCUAAUCAUCCCAUUUUCUUGGCCAUCUAACUUCCCCCGGACACCCCAAACCCCUCAGAUUUUUUCUCCUCUCCCUCCUCCUCAAUAAUUUAUUACUCAAUGGUAACCUUGUGUCUGUGUUUGGCUUCUGCUGAGAUGUUUCCCGAACCCUCUCAAAGAGGCUCAAAAUUUAGAGAGAGGAGAGUUUUUAGAUGUUUAGCAAAAAAGAAAAACGAUCUGAGUUUAGCAAAGCCAUUGAGAAAAAUUCUGUAGAUAUUUUCUGUCUUGUCACAUUUUUCCAAAGUUGAAUUGUUUCUGGACCCGGGGACAAUUUCCUCCCGGUCCGGACGCAAUUGUAUCCGUGACAGAGGACACCUCAUUUUGUCCAGAAACAGAAUAAAAAGAGUCGUUUAAAUUUUAUUGCA